ACCGAUGCGCUCCGCCGCCGACACAUCUCGCGCGAUUCCUGCUGGCCGUUGCUAUCAUGUGAGUGGGUGAACGGAACAAGAAACGCGGUCUUUUUUUUGUCAAAAACCGCGCUGAAAAUUCGCACGACGGAAUAUUUAGCUGGCUGUGGGUCGUGUGCACGUGGUCAUUUUUGCACCGUUGCAGGAGAGGAAAAAAAUUGAAUUGGUGACUGUAGUGUGCGAGAUGCGGAAAACUGUCCGCUAAUACUUUAAAAGCUCGUUGCGAUCGUGAAGAUAAUCUCCAGUUGAGCAACAUGCACAAAGAAAGAUCUGGUAGUUUGGGUUCUGCAAGAACAGUUCUGGAAAUGGACAGGACACCAACGGAGAGCAGUAGCGGCGAUAUAGCUAGUACCGGAGACGUCGACAACAUCGAGGAUGCCAGAAAGUUGGUGCGUGAUCUCAGGCAGAAGACAAGAGCACAGGCACAACAGAUCAUGGCCUGGCGUCGAGCCUACAAAAUGCAGGAAGUUUUCGUGUCAAGAUUACAGAGAGAGAAGUGCGAUCAACUGAAGGCACUCAGCUCAAAACUGCUGCUGUUCGAGUCGCGACUGAUAAGGAAACAAAAAGACAUAUCAACCAUGCUGAACAUUCGCGAAAACAUAAUCCACAGGCAACAGCGAAUCAUUGAAACUCUUUCAAACCGUCUCAUAGACAACGGACUGGAAGUACCGCAAUCGGAACUUACGGAACUGGAGUACACCCUACCCGAUCUAGACUCCCUGAACGAUUCGGAUAGCGCCGUAGUCAUGGAGGACAUCGAUUCGGACAGUAACGUGUACCACAUCCCCAAGUACAGGAAUCCGGACAGCGUGACGGUCGUGAGGUCGAUAUCGGACGCCAUAGAUCCGAAUUUGAAGUACACGUCGGUGAGACGCAACAAUGGUUUCCUGCGCCGUCCCGAAAUCCUGGAGACCGUGUACAGCGUGGAGGAAGACGCGGACAACGACAACCAGAACGAGAACAAGACGGAGGCGAACAAGAAACGUGAUGCGUUCGCUCGUGGCAAAAGCACCGCGAACGUCGAACAUCCGGAAGAAAGCGGAGGUCAGAAGGAGAGGUCUUUGGACGAGCAGGUCUGUCAGGUACCUCAAUGGCCGUACAAUGAUAAGCAGGGUCAAACCGAGGAGAAUCAGGAGGAGAGCCCGAAUAAAAACCAAACGAAUCAAGUGAAAACGUACAACAGGGUGAUGAGCAAUCACCGUUCGGUUACCAAGCCGAAGGACGUGAAGUACAAGAGGAUCAACAAGGCGAAAUCGAAAAGUUUGGAGGAGUUGCGGGGCAGGUUGAAGAACUGGGUGGAGCAAGGCAGUAAACUCACUGGCAUUUCCUUGGAACAUAGUCAAAGUUACGCCUAAUGCCGUAAAUGUGUUUUAAUUUUUGUGCGUGUAUUGAUGUUAUUGUUGUUUUUAUUUUGUUGUGUGAUCUGUAAACUGAUAUAUUUAUUGCAACUGUUGUUACGUUGUUUUAUUGAUAAUUUGUAGUUGUACCAAAAUUCUGUCAAUUUAAAUUGUACAAUUGUGAUAUUUUGCAUAGAUCUAAUCUUAAGUAUUUAUAAAAUUUUAAUCGAACUGUUACCAUGUGAACGUAUUGACAAUCUCUUGAUACCUUUUCGAACGGACCUGUAUGAUAUUGUAUAGCUUCUAAAAUUAAGUUUUAUUCUGUAUAUAACGAUAUUAAUUAUAAUUAAUAUAUUAAAAACUUGUUAGUUCCUUUUAGAAAGACGAUCUCUGAAUUGAUAUGAACUUUUUGCUGUAAAUAAAGCUUGUUACGUUACUUAAACAAAUUUACUUUUAUACAGAUGUAGCUUUUCUGAUGUCUGUUACUAUUUUCAUAAUGUGAAAAUGUUUCGCGUACUUUUUCCAGUCCAAGUCAAUUUUAUCUCUAUUGUAAGCUUUGUCAUGUCAAUGAAAUGUUGUUUUUCAUGUCCAAAAAUGUACUAUUUAUGUAAUCAAUAAACAAUUAAAUAAACAA